ACAGCAAACUUUGCAUUUUUCGGAGGAGGGACCAAAUUCAACAACAUAUUUGAUCAAUUUUCGAGAGCCUACGAUUCAUAGGCUAUUGCUUUAAUCCAUGUGGCUUCUCCUGCUGCUGCUGAGUCUGCCGAUGGAAACCCGCGAGGGAGAGGAGUGCGGAACUGGACUAACUCCGGGACGCCAGCAGUGCUACCUCCACGAGGAGAUCUUCCUGUCGCACCACCCUUUGCAGAGUGUUACCGCCAAGAGGCUCCAGCUUACCUGGUGGUGCGCGCUCUCAGAAAGCCUCUUCCUGCUCCUGCUGGUGAAGCUGCUCCAGAUGUAGAUGGGCCAAGCCCUCCCGUAAUUGCCGCAUUGCCGCUGAUGGGAGCGGGCAGGUGGAGGCGACAAAUGUCACACAUGCUGCUCGUAAAUCACAUCGGAAACGGUUUUUCCCCGUUGCUCUUGCUGCACAUGAUAAUUUGGCCAGCUUGGCUUGGUGGAGGUCUGGCCUAUGUGCUUCUAAUUAAAUUGUUCAAAAUGUUUUCCAGCGCGCUUCGGGCCUGGCGCUGGAAAAUCGCUGACAAAUGCUUCCAUCAAAACACAGAAAAAGUUUCGUUUUGUUUUGUCAAUGUCCAGGCCACAUAGCACCCAGAGGUGGACGAGCACAGUGGGCUGAAGUCUGCGGAAAUGGGGUCAAAUGAAAAUGUGACUUUACAUGUUUUGCGAACACUUAUAAAUGUAUAUUUCACAAGAGAUGCUUGAGAAAGUAAAUCAA